UAUCAAGCCAAUAUCUUCUGACUGAUUUUCUCGUAUAAUAACACGCAUUUGUCUUGUCCUCAUUUAUUAUGUUUUUUUUUUAAAUUCAUUGACGUAUAACUUUCACCAGAAACGUUUCAGGAAUCAUUUUAUUAUCAACUUGUGCACAAGUGUCGUGAUUUCGGAUCUCCUAAUAAUAAAAAAUGUUAAUAACAAGGAAGGAAUGUUAAUAACGAAAAUAAAUCCACUUGCUUCGUUCGAAUUCGACUGAAUUAAUUGUUUCCGUGAGAUGUACUUAUUGCGUGCGUUUUAUUAUCAGAUUUCGUAGUUCGAUUUUUUUGUCUUUGUUUGUUGACAGUCCAAUCAAUAACGCGUAUGUUAAGGUGACUUCUUGUACUUAAUUGAAGUACCAAACAAAUUUGAUAUAGUGUGUUACAUAUUCCCAGACGUUUUUGAACCUUUUGUGCUUCGAAACAUUAUAUUUUGAGUAUAUAUUUUGUCAGAGACGCAUAUAUUUUGAAGUAUUUUCGUUCAGUUUUGGUAAGGUUUGUUGUAAAGCAGCCAUUCCUCUCGGCUAUAUUUAAGGUCGCAAAGCAGGUGCUUCCGGUGUGUCAGAAAUCUGGUUUGAACGCCUUCGCUUUAACGUAUCGUGUGCGGUCUUGUAUAAACUAAACGCAACUAAAUGAUAAUUUAUGACGACCGUGCACGCGGGAGUAUUUUACGACAACUUCUACAAUUUUGCGAAUAAUAACGCAACGUCGAAUAUAAUGCCGUUAGCGAAUUUGACGGUUCCUUGGUCUGAACAAAAUGUGAAUGAAAAGUUGAAUUGUAACAGAAAGAUUGUACGCGACAAUCAUCUCUAUUAUUCAGGAAGCUGUAGAGAUUCUUUCAGCAGAGUCUCAGGAGGAAGCAAUGAUUACCCAAGGAAAUGCAGUUGAGCCGCGUUCAAAUGGGUGUUCUGAGUCUCAUGAGAUCGAAGUACGAGAAGUGGUACGGGAUGGUCAUGAAAAAGCAGAUCCAUCUCAGUUUGAGCUUCUCAAAGUUCUUGGCCAAGGUUCUUUUGGGAAGGUGUUCUUAGUGAGGAAAGUUAUUGGUAAAGAUAGUGGAACAAUUUAUGCCAUGAAAGUUCUGAAAAAGGCUACAUUAAAAGUUCGGGACAGAGUUAGGACAAAAAUGGAAAGAAACAUAUUGGUGGAUGUUGAACAUCCAUUCAUAGUUCGACUGCAUUAUGCAUUCCAAACGGAGGGAAAACUGUAUUUAAUUUUAGACUUUCUCAGGGGUGGUGAUCUAUUUUCAAGAUUAGCUAAAGAGGUGAUGUUUACUGAAGAUGAUGUGAAGUUUUAUUUAGCAGAACUUGCUCUUGCGUUGGAUCACAUACAUAAGCUUGGAAUUAUAUACAGGGAUCUCAAACCAGAAAAUAUUCUUCUGGACACUGAAGGCCAUAUCUCUUUAACCGACUUUGGCCUAAGCAAGCAACCUUUAGAUGAUUGUAAGGCAUAUUCCUUUUGUGGUACCGUCGAAUACAUGGCACCAGAAAUUGUUAAUCGCAAAGGGCAUUCGUUCGCCGCUGACUGGUGGAGCUUUGGUGUUCUUAUGUUCGAAAUGUUGACUGGAGCUCUUCCAUUUCAAGGCGUUAAUCGCAAGGAAACAAUGACACAGAUAUUAAAGGCAAAGCUUAGUAUGCCACUAAACAUUUCACCAGAAGCACAAGCACUUCUCAGAGUUCUGUUUAAAAGAACUCCUGCAAAUAGACUCGGAUCUGGCGGUGUAGAAGAAAUAAAGAACCACGUAUUCUUUGCGACAAUCGAUUGGGAAGCUCUAUAUAAAAAAGAAAUAAAACCCCCCUUUAAACCAGCUGUUAGCCAAGAUGAUGAUGCAUUUUAUUUUGAUAGCGAAUUUACAUGUAAAACACCUGAAGAUUCUCCUGGGGUACCUCCAAGCGCCAAUGCUCACGAACUGUUUCGCGGCUUCAGCUUCGUAGCUCCGUGCCUUCUUGAAGAUCACAAUAAAACACCUGAAUAUAAAAAUUGUGAUAGUCUCAGUGCAAGUUUCCCAACUUACGUGAGUUCCAUAUGUGUAACCGACGAGUAUGAAUUUAAGCAAGAAAUUGGUAAAGGAACGUACAGUACAGUCUAUUUAGCAGUUCACAAGGCAUCUAAGACAGAAUUUGCAGUGAAGGUAAUUGAGAAAUCAAAGAGAGAUCCAACGGAAGAAAUUGAAAUUUUGCUUCGGUAUGGAAGACAUCCGCAUAUUGUAACAUUAAGAGCCGUUCACGAAGACGAUAAACGAGCUUAUCUUGUGUUAGAGUUGUUGCGAGGUGGGGAGUUGCUUGACCGCUUGUUACAAAGGCGUAAUCUUACAGAAAAAGAAGCUGCCGAAGUGAUGUACACAAUUACUAGCGUAGUUCAUUAUCUACAUGAAAAUGGGGUUGUUCACCGGGAUUUAAAGCCAUCCAAUAUAUUAUAUUCGAAACCAGGAGCUGAUCCGUCGUCACUUUGUUUGUGUGAUCUCGGAUUUGCGAAACAACUGCGAGCAGAGAAUGGUUUAUUAAUGACCCCGUGUUACACGGCAAAUUUUGUAGCGCCGGAAGUGUUGAAACGUCAAGGAUAUGACGCGGCAUGUGACAUUUGGUCGCUCGGUGUUUUGUUAUACAUCAUGUUGGCAGGAUAUACGCCGUUCCGCAAUAAUCCUGGAGAUAGUGCAACCGACAUAUUAGACCGUAUCGGACCUGGUUUUAUAGACACUGAGAAUGGUAUAUGGUGUCAGAUCUCGGUCGAAGCUAAAGAAUUAGUGAAAAGAAUGUUACACGUUGAUCCUAAUCGAAGGCCUACUGCAGCUGCCAUUUUGAAGUACCCGUGGAUUAGUAAUCGCCAUCGUCUUCCGCAGAAAGUGUUACCGUAUACUGUUAAGGAUCCACACAGCCUAAAAAGAGCAGUAGCAGAAACGUACAGAGCAAUGUCUAGUAGUCCAAGAUCUCCUCAUAUUGGUCCCGUUGUUAUGUCCGAACUGGCACGUCGAAGAACGCAAGCUAAACCGUCAGGUCCUACCGAAGUUUAAACGAUCUUCCAUUCUAUGUAGAUGAGAAUCAAGGGGAUGAAAUUAUAUUGAAUAAGGAUGUAAGUUCAAAUAAAUCUGCCACGCACACGAGAGUACAUCACGCUAAAAAGUACAAGGGGAAGACAUUUAAUGUCGCUACGACUACUAAUCUUACUACAUUGCUACUUCUACCUAUUGUUAUUCUAACGUUUAUUAAGUGUGAGUGAGUAUCUAUAUUGGAUCAAUGAACAUAAUGUGAUAUAUAUUUAUUUAUAUAUAUAUUUUUUUUAUGUUAAAUGUGUGUGCAUGCAUUUCUACAUGUGUGCAUUGCCAUACUGAGAUUUAACAUACCCUAAUCUUAGCAACCAAAACAUAGUAAUUUAAAACAAAAUAUAUAUAUAUGUAUAUAUAUAUAUAUUGU